UUUUUAUUUAUUUAUUUGACAGCGAAUAACUUGUGCUUUGCUUUGUGCAAGUCGCGAGAAAUUUGUUUCCCGAAAAUCCUGAAACGGUGUAAAAAUGGCUGAAAAGUAUGGAAUAUCGGACGGACAAUUCAAACUCAUACAAAAGCAGGCCGAAAGGCGUGCUGAAAUGAGACGGGAGUUCCUUAAACAACGAACAAACCCAUGGAAACACGCAGAUCAGGCUGGCUAUGUCUUCGACACGGCUCAUCAGAGGUUUAUAUCCAUGAAAGUAACACAUUUUGACCGAUUCGAAGCUAAUCGAAAGACAAGUUUGUUUGGAUUCUUCGCUAUUGUUGUGCCCAUGAUAAGUUACGGAUACCUUGUUUGGAAUGAAAGAAACAAACGUGAACAGAAGAUCAGGGCGGGAGAAGUACCAUACAAGGACAGGAUCUUCAAACUUUGUUAAAUGUACAUACAAAACAUUUAAUGUACAUACAUUAAAUGUUUAGCAAAUGUAUAGUUCGUUUUCUGUGAAUAUAUUUAAUUUUAUUCUUUGAAA